UGUCCAAAAUGUGGAGGAGCCAGACACAGACCUGCAAGAACCACAGGAUCUUGGCCAAUCUUCAAGAGCAGAGCUGCCAACAUAUAUUCGUGGAAGGCAUUACAUCCCAGUGGGGCUGGCAGGAUUCAGUCACUCCGUGGAUGUACCAUGGAUUCCCCUCAAAGUGGAGAAGGUUUUCAGGAUCCUGCCGCUGUCGGGUGUGCUGCAGCCGGGAGAGAGACAGGAGGUCUUCUUCACCUUCACUGGCCACCUCAACACCAUGGCCCAAGUCACAGCGCUGUGCCACGUGGAGGGAGGCCCCACCUACGAGGUGAAGCUGACCGGGGAGGCCUCACGUGUCAGCUUCUCCCUGAGCGCCCGGGAGAUCAACUGCGGCUCCCAGAUGUUUAACGAAGUUCAUCACAGCACGGUCAUCCUGGCAAACACCAGCAAGAUUAAAUUCAACUGGGUGCUAGAACCCAGCACUGCAGACCAAGACCUGCCUGGUGUGUUUCUGGUCAAGCCCACCACUGGCUCCAUUGCAUGUGGCAGGAAGCAAGUGCUGAGAUUCUCUUACAUGCCAGGAGUACCAGGAGCCUUUAGCAGGACAUACCAGCUUAAAGUGGGUGACCUGGAGCCGGAAAAGAUCUGCCUGAAAGGAGAAGCGUCCUUUCCUAUGAUCAGUGUCAACCUGCCCUGGAACAUCAAAGGAAAUGAGAAACGUGGAAAGCCACUACGGCUUGCAGAACACAGGCAGCAAUACAGUGAGACCCUGAAAAUUCAGAUCCCAGCAGCUCAGCCCUUAAAAAGUCCAGAUGUGAAGACUGGGAAGCUGCAGCCCUGCAUGCCUGGAGGCUCUGACAUUGUAGCAAACACUCGGCUGCAGAUAAAGAUGAUCGAGAAGGCUGCUCUGGAGCUGCAGAAGAAGCUCACGUGCCAUCCCCCAAAGACCGAGUUCCCUGACAAAAAGCUGUGCCAGAGCCUUGUCAAAGUUGAGCUGCCCGAGUAUGUCCUGGACAUGGGCACUGUCCUGAAGGGUUUCACUGAGAGACGCACUCUGGAGAUCACCAACCCUGGGCAGAUCCCAGUGUCCUUCUGGGUCGAUGCAUCUGUCCUGCAGGACACAGGUUUCAGCGUGGACCUGGGCCAGAUGAAGAGUCUGCCCCACAUGCACACCCUGAGGUUUGAUGUGUGCUUUGAAAGUGCCCAGCAACCACAGGGUGACGUGGAUGUGCUGCUGCCCAUACAGGUAACAAAAGGCCCCACGUCUCACAUCCGCCUCCGUGCCACUGUCUUGGAACUGUCGCUCGACCUCUCCCAGAACACACUGCAGUUCCCCAGUAUCCUCGUUGGGCAGUGCCAGGUUGAGACAGUCCAGCUCUACAACGGGUUCCAAGUGCCCUGCAAAUGGUUCAUCACUGCCAUCAAGCCUGUUACGAAGAGCAAUCAACUCAGAUACAUGACACCAGCCCAAGGUCAGAAGCAGCAGGCGCUGGAGGAAAGGCGCUGUCCCUUUGAAGUGACGCCCUCCAAAGGAACCCUUGAUGCAGGAGCGUGGCAGAACUUGCAAAUCCAGUUUGCACCCAAGGAGGAGAGGUCUUACAAGUAUGAACUGAAACUUAACAUUCAUGGGAGCAGCAAUCACUUAAGUCUGCACCUCUCGGGGCAAGGUCUGGAGCCACGGUUGGAGUUCAGUCCCCCAGCACUAAAGAUGGGAUGGGGGCUGGUGGACAGCGAUGGGGUGGAGGCCACAGUGGUGGUGAAGAACCCAUGCAAAUUCCCCAUCGAGUUUUACUCCCUGGAUUUUGAUGAGCAGUACCUGGAGGAGGAGAAGAUGCUGAGGCAUCUGGGACUGCAUCCCCAAGGGCCUCCCCUUCCCCCUGCUGCUGUCCUCUCCAGAGUUGACUGCCCAGAGGAGCGGCUGGGCUCUGCAGAGCAUGUGAAGCCCUUCACCAUUGUUACACCUGAAGACAAUCUGGCCAAGACCCCAGAUGAGAUGGGCAGUUCUGCUGAGGGCCAGCCAAAGAAGGGUAAAGCAGCCAGCAGAGACAAGUUUCCAAAGGGGAGCCAAAUAUCUACACAGAGAACAGAAAGUCCCUGGGAAUCCUCCAGCACAAGGUCCAAAUGUACACUGGAAAGUGCCUCAGUCCCCACAGAAUUCCUCAGGCUGAAACGGUACCGCUGGAUAGUGCCUGCCCUCGGUGAGGUGGAACUGAAGGUCCACUUCUCCACCAAAAAGCCAGGGGAGUUUGAGCAGACGCUGAGGUUUGAGCUGGUGGGGACAAAGCGGCAGUACGAGCUGCCCUGCAGUGGCACCGGCCUGUACCCCAGCAUCAGCCAGAACCCACGGCUGGUGUUUCCACAGUGGAGGAGGACCAUGAAGGAAGGUGAAAUCAUCUUCAAGGAAUAUGUUGAGAGCACCAAGCAAUUCCACUUUGGACCGCUGCUGUGUGGGAAAUCAAGAGAGUGGUACAAGGCCCAGAACUGUCCUGCCAACUCGGAGAAUAUAACCAUCCUCAACAACUCCCCCAUGGACGUAGAGGUCCAGUUCUUCUUUGAGGAUGAUGAAAAAGCAGAGACGUUCCUUCUGGACCCUCCCAGCAUGACCCUGAAACCAAAGAAGAAGCAGGAGCUGACCAUUUGGGCAUACCCCACUUCCCCUGGCUUCCUGGAAGACAAACUCAUCUGCUGCAUUGACAAGAACCCAGAGCCAGUGGUCUUCAGCGUGUGCUGCCACGGGGUGCACGUGAAGCUGGAGGUCAGCCCCCUGGAGCUGUCUUUUGACAAGCUGCUUCUGCACAGGACUGACAGCAGGACCUUGGUCCUGAAAAACAACACCCUACUGCCCAUGGCCUGGCAGCUCAGUGGGCUGGAUGACCUUGCUGAGGACUUCUCACUGUCACAAGAUAACGGCACCAUUGAUCCCCGCUCAGAGUUUGAAGUGACAGUGAAUUUCAAGGCCCAGCAGAUUGGCACCAUUGAGAAGACCCUUCGACUAGAGGUUUCAGAUACAGAAAACAUCCUGGGGAUUGUUCAGGUUGAAAACAUCAAACUGUCUGCAGAGGUGUAUGAUGUUCUCCUGAGCAUGGUCCUGCCUGAAGAUGAAACCUUGGAUUUUGGAACCAUCCAUGUCCUGGAUAAUGUGAAGACCGUCCUGACUCUAAAGAACAAAGGGUUGUACAACAUCGAGUACAGAUUGAUGCUGAAGGGUGCAGGUCCCAGGAUGCGAGACUUGGCAUCCCACUUCACUGUCAAGCCUCAGUCGGGCAAGCUGAUCGCCUCCCAGCCUGGUGUGAAUAUUGAGAUAUUCUUCCACCCCACAAGGGAAAUGCUCCUCAAGAACAGCCCCAUCCUGUACUGCCAGGUGAUAGAUGCCAUCGCAGGGGAAGGAGGCCAGACUGUCGCCAACAUCCCAGUGAGGGUGUCGGCCAGAGCUGCGUACAGCAAGUUCAGUAUUGAGCCCAUCAAUUUCGGUGCCAUGAUGAAGGGCAGCAAGAAGACCCAGACUGUCGUGCUGGAGAACACAGGCACGAUCAGCUUCAAAUUCCACAUCCAGCCAGCAACCGAGGAUGCAUCUUCACUGGAAAGCAAAAGUUCAAAGCAAGGGGAAUCUGUUCCAUCAGCUAGGAAGUGCUCAGCGGGAAGGAAAUCAAGCUUGACACAGGGUCAGCUCAAUGUGGGCAUGUUCACGGUGUCCCCUUGCUCCGGCUCCAUCGCUCCGUGGGGCCAGCAGCAGAUCACGGUGGAGUGCCUGGCAGGGCAGGAGGGGACUUGUGAGGAGCAGCUGUACAUUGACAUCGUGGGCAGAGACCCCAGGGACAAUCCCCUCGGCAUUCCCUUUACCCUGACUGCCGAGUCCUGCCUGCCAGCAUUUGCUGAGGAUGCGAUGUUAAUCUUCGAAGAAUACCCGAUCUGCAGCAGCACUGACCUCAGCCACAAGCUGCUCUCUGUGCACGGUGUGGGCCUGUUUGUGAGAGAUGAAAACAACUUCAUCUUCAACAAGAUUCUGGUUGGGCAAGAGGCUGAAGCCCACUUCAACAUCUACAACACAAGUGCUCUGCCGUGUGACGUGGUCCUCUCCAUCAGCCCCCUGCCAGGACAGGAAAAAGGCCCUAUCACCGUUUUCAAGUUGCAUCCAGUCCAGAUGUCCAUUCCCGGCUCAUCCCACGCUGUUGCUACAGUGACCUUCACCCCUCCAGACGAGCAGAACUACGACUGCACUUUUAAGGCUUCCCUUGUCAUCCCCAAAUGCUCUGUGAAAAUCACGUCCGUAACAACGGCAUCGUACCUGUCAAGUAUCAUUGUGCUCUGUGUUCCCUUUUCUCAGUUUAUGUUACACCUGGAGGAUGAGCAUGGAGCAUUCUUCUUGAAAGCCAGGCGCUCCACACUGGAGAGAUUCCACACUGAAGAUGUGGGAGAGGACUCUGUUGAAAAUGAGAGCAAGCCCCCAGGGAAGCCUCUCCUGCUUCUGCAUCGUGGGCAAUCGGCAGAGUUUGAUGUCAUUUUCAAUCCCACCCUGGCUCAACGUGUGGAAGGGAAGAUCCGCGUUUUAGUGGGGGACACCUACUCUGACAAGACCCUGAUAGAGCUGGUGGGUGAAGGCCACAAGGAUGAAUUCAGCUUCGACUGUCUAGAGGAAGACCCACAGUUGAGGAAUGAUAAGAGCAGUUUGAACAAAGACAUCAUUGAUGCUGUCAGACUGAACCACAUCCAGUUUGGGGACUGUCCUGUUGGGAAGCCCUGCCACAGGAUCUUCACCAUCACCAACCACACCGGCAUGAUGUUCAUGCGCUUCGAGUGGGAGGCAGACGUCCCAUUCCAGUUCUCCCCCAGGGGAGACCUCACAUGCCAGUGCUAG